GUUCAAGUGACUUGAUUUUGGACGGUGGUACUCUAUUUUACCCUACCUCAGUCCGGAUUGGUCGAUGUGGCGGGUGAAAGGAGCUCCGACGUCCCGGCGAUCGAGAGCUCGGCAGUUCAUUGGCCUUCGUUGGAUUUCCAGAACGAGACCACUAGUUGCGAUAGUAGAUUUUACGUCGUCGUCAAUUAGGCGGUGUGGCCAAGCGAUAUGAAGAAAUUGCACAACUGAAAUUGUGUAGCGAAUUCCAAAUUGGGGGAGAAAAAUGAAGAAGCCGUUGUUGCCGGCGAAAAAAGUAUGCGGCGGCAAUAAGCAAAUUACUGACAGGGAAGGACUGGUGAAGCUAUUGAGAUGGCAUUUCGGCCACUCCGAUUUCAGAGGGAAGCAGUUCGAGGCGAUUCAAGCUGUUUUGUCCGGAAGAGAUUGUUUCUGCCUGAUGCCGACGGGAGGAGGGAAGUCAAUGUGUUACCAAAUUCCUGCAUUGGCAAAACCUGGGAUUGUGCUUGUGGUUUCUCCUUUAAUAGCUCUGAUGGAAAACCAAGUUACCGCAUUGAAGGAGAAAGGAAUCACUGCUGAAUUUCUAUCUUCAACUCAAACAAUCCAUGCCAAAACUAAGAUUCAUGAAGACCUUGAUUCUGGAAAACCAUCCACAAGGCUGUUAUAUGUAACGCCAGAAUUGAUUGCAACACCAGGAUUUAUGUCCAAGCUCAACAAGAUUCAUGCUAGAGGGCUGCUGAAUAUCAUUGCCAUUGAUGAGGCGCAUUGCAUUUCCUCAUGGGGCCAUGACUUCAGGCCUAGCUAUGGCAAACUUUCUUCCUUGAGAAACCACCUUCCAGAUGUACCGAUACUGGCUCUCACAGCUACUGCAGUUCCUAAAGUUCAGAAGGACGUAAUAGACUCGCUGUGCUUGGAGAGCCCUUUAUUACUCAAAUCUUCUUUCAAUCGCUCAAAUAUAUAUUACGAAGUUAGAUACAAAGAUCUUCUAGAUAAUGUCUUCAACGAUUUAUCUGCUCUGCUCAAAUCCAGCGGUGAUGUUUGUGCUAUUGUUUACUGCCUUGAAAGAGCAACCUGUGAUGAAUUGGCUGCUCACCUCUCCAAACAUGGCAUUUCAUGUGCCGCUUACCAUGCUGGCAUUAACAACAACCUGCGUAGCUCUGUUUUGGAUGAUUGGAUAUCUUCGAAAAUACAAGUUGUUGUAGCCACCUGUUUUCCAUCCAAUGGUCAUUACUUGAGACAGCUAUGUUCUUUCAGGAUGGGCAUAGAUAGGAAGGAUGUUAGAUUGGUUUGCCACUUUAACAUACCAAAAUCAAUGGAAGGCUUUUAUCAAGAAUCAGGUAGAGCAGGACGUGAUCAAUUGCCAUCAAAGAGCAUACUAUACUAUGGCAUUGAUGAUCGCAAAAGAAUGGAGUUUAUUAUAAGUAAUGCUGAGAACAAGAAAGGGCAGUCUUCAGGUGGUUCACGAGAAGGGUCGUCAAAGAAAUCCCUUGCUGAUUUUAAGCUGAUGGUUGAAUACUGCGAGGGUUCUGGUUGUCGUCGGAAAAAGAUCCUUGAAAACUUUGGGGAAGAGGUGCCUCCGUCACUAUGUAAAAAAUCGUGUGAUGGGUGCAAGCAUCCGAACCAACUUGUUCAGUAUUUGGAGGAGCUGGCAACUAUAGCUGCUGGACGACAAAGAAGUGGCCUUUCACGAUUAUUCUUGUCCAGCUCUAAUGACAAGGUAGGUGGGGAACAGAUGUCUGAGUUCUGGAACCGUGAUGACGAAGUGAGUUGUUCUGAUGAAGACAUUUCUGAUAGUGAUGAUGGUAUUGAGAAUGCAAAGAGGGAAGCUGGAUGUAAGGCAUCAAGAAGAGCAGGCGUCAACGCAAAAAUAGAGCUGUUAGAGAGAGCCGAGGAAAGAUACUACCGGAACCAGAAUUCCGAUAAACCAUCUCAUAAAUCUGACAAGAAUGCCAUAACCGAGGCACACAGAGAAGCCAGUAGGAAAAGACUAACAGAUUCCGUGAAGCAGGCUAGCCAGCGUCUUAGCAACUCAAGCAUUGAGAUCGAAACAUCUGCCAACUUCCUUGAAAAUGAGUGCUUCAACAAGUACGGGAAGAGCGGGAAAACGUUCUAUUAUUCUCAGGUAGCAAGCACAGUGAGGUGGCUGGCAACUGCAACUUCUUCCGACUUAACAAACAGGCUUGGUAAUGUCACUCCCACUUCCCCUUGCUCUUCCAAAGUACCGACCGAGGCUUCUCCAACGGAAACGGUGGAGGAGGGACGUCGAACAGGAACCACUGCCCCAGAGCUUCAGGACAUUACUGCUGCUGCUGUUGAAUCAGGAAUUUCUUCAGCAAGCACUCCAGGGCCACCUGCUUCUGCCUCCACAAAACUCCCACCAAUUCCUUCUUUUACUGAAUUCGUGAACUGGAAUAAACCUAAUCACAAAAGCCGUACAAGACCUCUGGAUGAUUCCCAGUCUCCGAAUAAGAGACAGAAGAAGACGUGAGCAGCAAAAGAGAAGAGAAAGGGCCUGUACUCUACAUUGUCAAUAACAAAGAUCCCAGAAGCAG